GAUAAGCUUUUCAUUCCUUCGUUAAACAAUUUUUCUAUCCACAGUGGUCUCAACUUCCAAGACCUGAUCGUGCGGCAGGGCGCAAUCGACUCUCCCCCGAAGACCCCGUUCAUCCUGGGCUUCGAAUGCGCCGGUGAAAUCGAGCAGGUUGGCGAGGGAGUCACCAACUUCAAGGUUGGCGAUCAAGUCGUGGCUCUUCCCGAGUACAGAGCAUGGGCUGAGCUGGUGUCAGUGCCUGCUCAGUAUGUGUACGCACUGCCCGAAGGUAUGAGCGCGCUGGAUGCCGUAGCGAUCACUACCAAUUAUGUGGUCGCCUACUUGCUGCUGUUCGAGAUGGCCAACCUCACGCCCGAUAAGAGUCUCUUGGUGCAUUCGGCUGGCGGUGGUGUGGGUCAAGCCGUGGCGCAACUGGCGAAGACCGUGGAGAAUGUGACCGUGUUCGGCGUCUGCUCUAAGAGCAAGCACGAGGCGCUGAAAGCCAACAACAACAACAUCGACCACCUGCUCGAGCGCGGCAGUGACUACACCAGCGAAGUCAGGAAGGUGUCCCCUGAUGGUGUGGAUAUCGUGUUGGACUGCCUCUGCGGUGAGGAAUGUAACCGCGGCUACUCUCUGCUCAAGCCUAUGGGCCGAUAUAUCCUCUACGGAUCAUCUAACAUCGUGACCGGCGAAACGAAGAGCUUCUUUAGCGCUGCGCGUGCUUGGUGGCAAGUGGACAAGGUGUCUCCGAUCAAGCUGUUCGACGAGAACAAGUCGCUGGCCGGGCUGAACCUGCGACACCUGCUGUUCCAGCACGGGCGCGCCGACACCGUGCGCCGCGCCGUGGAGCGCGUCUUCGCGCUGUGGGCUGACGGCAAGGUCAAGCCGCUCGUCGACUCCACCUGGGCGCUCGAGGACGUGGGUGAGGCUAUGCAGAAGAUGCACGACCGCAAGAACAUCGGCAAGCUUGUGCUCGACCCAUCUUUGGAGCCUAAGCCGAAGCCUGCCACCCCGGCAAAGGGCAAAGCCGGUAAGGAAAAAAAGCCAGCCAAGGAGAGCUCGGAGGAGAAGAAAGACAAGGAAACCAAGGAGGAAGAGAAGAAGCCGGCUGAGAACGGAGACAAGAACGGUGAGGAGCCGCUCACUAACGGUAACAGCGAUGAAGAGAGCAAGGAGAAGGAGAAGGAGUCGAGCUGAAUGGUUUCGGCCGAAGAGUGAACAGACAAACCACCGCCAAUCGAUUAUUUUAGUGUUGAAGCUGCUCGUUGUCCCGACGCGACCCUGUCCGCGCGCUCGCCGGCGCACGCGCUGCUGGCUCUACUGUGUUGCCUCAUGUUUCAUGUUUGUGCUGAUCGCGACGUCACCGGUCACCGCCGUUCGCCGCCGCUCGCCACCGCUCGCCACCACUCGCCGCCACUCGCUGCCACUCGCUGCUCCACGAGUCCACACCGAGACCGCGUGUCCGAGUGUCAAGUGUCCGACAUCCGCGAACCGGUUGGCCGGUGUCGUCGCUUUUAAUUUAGUUUUAAAUUAUUCGACUGUCAUCACGUUCUUUAAGUUUUUAUCCAUAAUGUACAAUUACAAUGAAAUUUAUCGAGGUAUCCACUUCGAUAUGCGACAGCGAAAUUAAUUAUUUUCUCAAUCCACACAAAUUAAUUUGGCCUAAUUUAGGUAUCGUUUCGUAUCACGCAAGUCUUUUUAUUAUAGUUUAACGGUUAAGACUUUUAUUUUUAAGAUGAGAUAUUUUAAUCUGCAGUUAUUUUGAAUGGCUAUUAUAUAUCGUAAGGUGCAGAGAUGCUUAAUCUUUAUGUAUGUUAAGCUUUAAUAUUUUAUUAGUAAAUGUUUAAAAUUUGGCCCACGAGACCCACACCCGCCCUCGGGUCGAGCGUCAGCUCACAUCCAUCACAUCUCGUCGCAUUUCAUGUGAAAGGAUAACGAAAUAAAAAUCUUACGUGUGAUAUUUUGUCGUAGGUAUGCUAGAUGUUUUGCGGUAUUUUUAUGCUGCCUUUACAUGACAUUAUUUUUUAAAUUUGAGUUUAUAAAAAUGCGAUUACUUUAUAUUUUUAUACUUAGAAGUUUUGUAAAUUAUUUUCUAGUUUAGAGGAGAUGACACAGAUUAAUUUGAAUGCACCAGUCAUUGUGUGGUAAGAGAGACGUGGCGCCAGGCGUGCACUCGGUCCCUCGGGCCGCGGUCGCGGGCCGCGGUGCCGGUGCCGCGUGCCGCGCGCCGUCACGUCGGACAUAUUUUUGUAUCGUUACAAACGCAACGUGGUUUCGUGUUAUGCAGAACGCUUUUCAUGUACUCUUAUAAUCGCAUUCGUACAGUCAUAACUCGAACACGUUACACAUGUCAUACUUUAUAUCACAUAUCUAAAGGAACGUUCACUCUCCUCACUAUGUUCGUAUUAUAUAUUAGGACUACUAUUUUGAUACCUGUAUUCAUUGCAUUUCUUUAUACCUAGCAUAUAUUUGUACUACUUACAUCUAAUUUUCUUAAGAUUGUUAGUGACGUUUUACAGCCAUAUUAUGUACAGUAUGGUUAUAGGUGUGUACCCAGUAAUGUAUAAAUGUUUAUCUUAAUCACAUAUCACGCGGAUGACGUAACACUGAGUCUGAGUAGUCCGGCGCGGGGGACUGUAGCCUGUAGUCCCGCCGGAGUAAAAUUGCCACUAUCCCAACACUGCUCAACUGUGAAUAAAUAGUGCUAUCUUGCAAUGUAAUGAACGCGCCCCGGCCACUCGUCGGACGCGUGACAAUUUUUAUAAAGAUUUACCCCUUUGGAAACAUUUUUUGAGGAGCCUAAUUUGCGGUGCAUCAGGCCCAGGGUUCAGUAUCGUUUGGACGUGUCUACAGUGUUACUUAGCUUUUGUACAAGGUGACGAUCAAGCGGCAAGUGACCGCUGAGCCGCUGACGGCCGACUGCUGAGUGCUGACGCUGCUUUGUUUAUCGUACGGUGGCUUGGUGCUAGUUUCGUAUUUGUACGCGGAUAAAUCUUGCUUCAGUGUCUCGGACCAAUAUAUUAGCAACUUAGUCUUCUUAUCGAUAAUAUUCUUCGCUUUUGUGUGUCAAAUAUGUGCGAAUUUCUUGUAACGUAAACCUUAAUUGAAUCUUGUGUAUAUCGACUUGUAUAAUGGUUUACAAUUAUCACUGCAUUUUUUCUAUAAGAAUAUUCAAUUAAAUCCAAUGUAAACGGGAACUGAAGUGACCGCGCCGUUUGUUUGUGUCCAAAUUGUUAGGUUAGUGUCGAUGACGAUGCCAAUAUUUAUUAACUGCAGAAAUGUAGGAUGUUCUGAGACGAUGAGAUCUGGCGCGGUCACGACAGCCCCUCUGGACCGGGUCGUUAUUGUAAUACACAUUUAUUUUUAUAAGGGCGGGCCAGUGUGAUAUCUAUACUAUGAAAUGGAUAAAUAAAUAUGUAUGAUCUGUAAAAUUGCA